UUCUGAUAUAUUUGGUACCUCUUUUUUGCGGAUUUUUUUCUUUUCUGUUGCAGACAUUCUGUUACUUCCUCCCUUCCCCAAGUUAACUCUCCAUUUGGCAUAUUUUAUGAGAUACAUUAAUAAAGUCAAGUUUAAUUUUUUUACCUUAAAUUUUCUUCUAUAUUUUAUAUCUUUUAAAAAAUGAAUGUGUCCGUAAAAAGGAAAAAAAAGUUCACAAUUAAAAAGGGGUAGGGAUAUUUUUAAUGCUGUGCUUUAAUUAAUUUAUUUUUUUUAACUCUAACUUUAUAAUUUAUAUAUUUUUUGAAGCAUAAAUAAUUUUCAAUAUUUUGUGUUUGUUAAAUAUUUUUUAUUAAAGUUUUAUUGUUAGAUAUAAUUUUCAAUUAAUGAUAUUUAAAAUAUUUUGAUUUUUCAGAAUAAAUUUCUCUUCUAACAUUUUUUCAGGGUUUUAAUAGGGUCAAUUUUUCAAUCAGUAUAUUUUUUGUAAGGAUCAGAAUAUUUUUUGUUAGUUGAUCUCACACAAAAAAAUAAUGCAAUCAUCGCCUAUUCAACGGAUUAGUUUAAUUAGUGCUUAUUUACAACUUUCAAAAUGUCGUUUGACAGCAUUAAUUACAUCAACAACAAUGGGCGGUUUAGUUAUGUCCCCUACUUUGGCAAGUGUUUCUCCAGCCUUAUUUGGAUCUUGUGUUGCGGGAACUGCUUUACUUUCAGCAUCAGCUUGUGCUUGCAAUAAUAUUAUUGAAAGACAAUUUGAUGGGCAAAUGAGAAUUGGUCGUUUAACCCCAAAUCAUGCUUGUCUUUUUGCGGGUACAACAGCAGUUGCUGGACUUGGAAUACUUUGUUUAUGUUGUAAUCAUUUAACUUCUGGCCUUGGAUUUUUAAAUAUUGCGUUAUAUGCUGGUGUGUAUACUCCAAUGAAAAGAAUGCAUCACAGCUGUACUUGGGUUGGUGCUAUAGUUGGGGCAAUACCUCCAUUAAUGGGCUAUGCAGCGGCAACAGGCCGUCUUGAUGCUGCUGCUUGUGUACUUGGAGGAUUGUUAUUUUCAUGGCAAUUUCCUCAUUUUAAUGCUUUGAGUUGGAAUUUACGUGAAGAUUAUAAAAAUGCUGGAUAUAAAAUUAUGUGUGUUACAAAUGAAGGACUUUGUCGUCGAACAACUUUAAGGUUUUUUAAAAAUUUUAGAAAAAAAAGCUUUUUUGAAGGCAUUCAAUUAUCCUCAUUUUUCUUUGUCAAUUGGCGGCUCCAUUGA